CUGCUGCCCGCCUGCCUACUACGACUACAACACAAGCUCUACGACCACACGUCUCCCUCCGCGUGCGUCUCUCUCUUCAUCCUGCGCCGUGCCGUUCCACAGGAGAUAUUCGUCUCGCUCGACAGUCCCCCCCCCUCUACCCCGGCCACACCGCCGUCUUCCUCCACAAGGAUCGGAUCUAUCGGCCGCUCGCUGCGUUGGGAUUUUUGAUUGUUUUUCUCCGACGUUCGCUGCUGCUGCUGCUGCGUGCCGAGGGGGUUGGUGUGUGGACGACCCCGGCACCUCGACAGCACUUGCCCGCGUCCCGUAGCCACGGGCUGACUGGGUAGCGAUCUCGGUGGUUGUGGCAUUAACUAGCUCGGUGGCUGGGUGACUGGCCUACUGGGUGAGUUAGCUAGCAAGGUAAAUGAUUGGUUGACUGACUGCCUCAGUAUCUGACUGAGUAGCUGGCUGACGUGUUGGUUAGCUGGUACUCUGCUUGGCUAGCUGACCGGUUGAGUGGCUUGCUGGGUGACUUUACCUUGCUGGCUAGGUGACUAACUGGCUGGGUGGUCGACUGACUGGCUGUCUGAGUGUUAAGCUGCUAGGCCGAUCGCCUCGCUAUCUGACUGCCAACAUUUUCCUGCCCGCCUUAGUGGCCGGUUGCUUUAGGUGGCCAACUGACUGGCUGGGGUCGACCGACUUGGCUUCCUAGCUGGUUGGGUGACUAGCUUGGUGGCUGGCCCGGGUGGCCGGCCAGUUCGGGGAGAGAGUGGUUGGUGGUGGUGAGGGGGGGGGUGACGGUGUCCGGCCAAUGAGCUCGUCUUGGACAAAGGGGUUUUGAGAAGGCCAGCUGUCACACGUCCACGCUGCUCCGUUGUCCGCUGAGCGAGUGACGUCCAGGGAUGCUGCUGCUGCUUCUGCUGUGCAAGCGUAGGUUGAAAGCUGCGAUGCGGUAGCUGGCGGACGACUCUGUUCCUGGACCAGCGGGUGACUCCGGGUGACCGGGAGCCGGCCGGGCGGCUUCGACAACGAUGCCCGUGCAAGCGCCGCAGUGGACCGAGUUCCUGUCGUGCCCCAUCUGCUGCCAUGAGUUUGACGAGACCCUUCGGCGUCCCGUGAGCCUGGGUUGCGGCCACACGGCCUGCAAGACGUGCCUCAACAAGCUGCACCGCAAGGCCUGCCCCUUCGACCAGACGGCCAUCCACACGGACAUUGAGGCGCUGCCCGUCAACUUUGCCCUGCUGCAGCUGCUGGGCGCGCAGGUGCCGGACUCGCAGGCGCCCGGCGUAGCAGUGCCGAGCGUGGCAGAGAAUGGCGCCCACUACGACGCCUCCAAGAAGUGCGUGGAGGAGCUGGCGCUGCUGCUCAAACCUCUCAGCGGCGCCAAGGGCGUGGUGGCAGCGUCGCAGUCGCAGCUCUCGCGGCCCAUGCAGCGCAAGCUGGUGACGCUGGUCAACUGCCAGCUGGUGGAGGAGGAGGGCCGGCUGCGGGCGAUGCGGGCGGCGCGGUCCCUGGGCGAGCGCACCGUCACCGAGCUCAUCCUCCAGCACCAGAACCCGCAGCAGCUCUCCUCCAACCUGUGGGCGGCCGUGCGCGCCCGCGGAUGCCAGUUCCUCGGGCCCGCCAUGCAGGAGGAGGCGCUGAAGCUGGUCCUGCUGGCGCUGGAGGACGGCUCGGCACUGUCGCGCAAGGUGCUCGUGCUGUUUGUGGUCCAGCGGUUGGAGACGCGAUUUCCGCAGGCGUCCAAGACCAGCAUCGGCCACGUGGUGCAGCUGCUCUACCGCGCUUCCUGCUUCAAGGUGACGAAACGCGACGAGGACUCGUCGCUGAUGCAGCUCAAGGAGGAGUUCCGCACGUACGAGGCGCUGCGUCGCGAACACGACUCACAGAUUGUGCAGAUCGCCAUGGAGGCCGGGCUUCGCAUCGCGCCCGACCAGUGGUCGUCGCUGCUCUACGGAGACCUGGCCCACAAGUCGCACAUGCAGUCCAUCAUCGACAAGCUGCAGACGCCGGCAUCGUUUGCGCAGAGCGUGCAGGAGCUGACGAUCGCGCUGCAGAGAACGGGCGACCCCGCCAACCUCAACCAGCUCCGGCCCCACCUGGAACUGCUGGCCAACAUCGACCCCAGCCCAGACGCGGCGGCGCCCACGUGGGAGCAGCUGGCGGCGGCGAUGGUUGCGGUGAAGACGGUCGUGCAGGGACUGGUGGACUUCAUUCAGAACUACAGCAAGAAGGGCUUCGAGCAGACACAGCCGCUGCAGAACAGCAAGUACAAGACGAGCAUGUGCCGUGACCUGACACAGCAGGGCGGCUGCCCCCGCGGCGCCAGCUGCACGUUCGCUCACUCCCAGGACGAGCUGGAGAGGUACCGCUUGAAAAACAAGAAACUAGCGGGCGGUCGAGGCACCAGUCAAUCUCUCACGCAACUCAACAAGGUUGGCAUGGGCUCCUCGGGACUGGAGCCGCUUGCGUCCAAGCUCCUGCCCACGCAGAACGGCCUCAUGAGCGGAGGCGGCAGCUCGCCGCAGCUGCUGGCGCGCGGCACGGACCCGGGUGGGUUCGGCGCGGAGGUCAGCGGGGGCCUGGGCCUGCCGGCUGGGCUCAGCAUCGGCCACGCGGCCGGCCUGGGGGUGAGGAUUGCGCUGGGAGGCGGCAAGGUGGGAGAGGCGAGCGCCAGCGCGCCGGGGUCGCUGUCGGGGUCACCGCCGGACAACAAAAUCGGCUCCCCUCCGAAAUCCCACCUGGGUCCCUAUGCGGGUCUGGGUGGUCACCUUCAACCGGGCGGACUCGGCGCUCCCGACCUGACUGGCAAAGGUGUCCCGGUGCCGCACGGACACCACCACCACCACCACCCGCACGCCCAUGGGCACCCCCACGCGCACCCCAUGAGCCGGGUGCUCUACCCCCCGCCACCGCCCCCGCAGCAGCCGCAGCAGCCACCGCCGCCGCAGCAGCAGCCGCAACCGCCCCCCCACCACGCGCCCCCCGUCGACGUUUACUUCCAGGACCCACGCGGUGGGCAGCAGCAGCAGCCGCCGCCGCCAGCGCUAACGUACGACCACCAGCACUACCGAGCCCCGUACUGUCAGACCCAACACCCAAGCUCCCCGUACGCUCCCCGCUACGUGCACAGGCAGGGGGCCCCCCCGGACUCCUCUUUGGGGGGCCCUGCCGUGCCCCACGCGUACCCUCCCCCGUCACCGGCGGACCCCUACGGUCCCUACCCGCCGCCACCGCCGCCCCCCACGCACCACGCCUAUGCGUCGCCACCUCCGCCGCCGCUCCCGGGCGGGUACCACAUGGGUCACCACGGAGCGCCGCCUCCUCCGCCGCCGCCGCCCCACCACCACCACCAUCACCACCACCACGCCGCCGCGGCGGCAGCGGCGUACGACUCUCGGCGGGCGUGGCGUGCGCCGCCGCCCCCCCACGCGCCGUCACCGUACCCGCCGGGCCAGCGCGAUGGCGGCAUGGGCCCGGCGCAUGAGAGCGGCUACGCGGUGAGGGGUGGGCCGCUGCCACCGUCGCACGGCCAUCCGGAGGCCGGGUACUACCAGCCGCCGCAGGGCGGGCACAUGCCAGCGGCACCGCACGGACCACCGCAGAUGCAGCAGCAGCAGCAGCACCGGCCCGCCAUGCGUGCCACGGUUAACAAUGUCGCCAAUUUGGCCCGCGACGUGCGUUUAACCGUGCCCCGUCUCCAACGCUGUCCUGGUGUCGUCCCGCAGGAUCCGUACGCGCAGCCCCCGCCGAGCCUGGAGGAGCUGCACCGCCGGCGCGCCGAGUUGCUGGCGCAGCUGAAGGUGGCUCGCCCAGGCGCCCCGCCCGUCUCCCCGCCCCCCUUCGCCCACUCCCCUACGCCGCCCCCCCUCGCCAUGGCCCCCUACGGCGGAGAGGAGUACGCGCCAAUGUACUCGGAGGAGGAGGAAGAUGGAGGCGGCGAGGCGUGCGGGCGCGCGCCUCCCCUCGCCUACGCGGACAGCGAGUUCCCGUCGCAGUACUCCCCGUGGUCGUGCGAGGCCAUCAGCUCGUACAUCGCUGGCAAGGAGGCAAAGCCGCGCGACGUCAUGGCCACCAGCGGCUCUGACAUGACGGUGAAGCUGAGUCGUAGCGACACCCCGUCGUCGCAGACGGAGUGCGUGCGCUGGGGCGAGGCGUACCACCGCUCCACCGACGAGAUGUGGCUCGACCAGCGCCGCCCCAAGGACGAGGACCCCAUAAUCCCAUUUGGCGAGAGCCCCACGGUGUCCAAGUGGGGCGCCAUCUCCCGCUCGGCGCGCACCUCCUUCCGCAACACGGGCCCUGUGCAGGCCACAGCCUCCCAGGGCUCGGCCACGCGGCCUGUCAACGUCACCGACGCCCCGAUUCUCACCCCGUGCUUCGCAGACUACUUUGUCAACUACUCGAGCUCCUGCGGAUGGAACUCGCCCACCAACGUGUACCCGUCUCAGCCCAGCCCCACCCCGCAGUACACGGACAGGGAGCGGGCGAUGGCACCUUGCUCGGAGCGAGACCACAUGCGGCUGGAGAUGGAGCUGCAGGCGGUGAACCACCAGAUCAGCCAGCAGAGCCAGAUACACGGCAUGCAGGCGGCCAGUAACACGGCCCUGCUGCAGAGAGAGGCGCAGGCGCUGGCGCUGCAGCCGUCGGCGGGGCCGCAUCGCAGCCCGGAGGAAGCCGGCGGCGGCGUUGGCGGCGUUGGCGGGGUGGCGUACGGCGCGAGCGGCGGGCGUAGUCGGCGCUCGGGCGACGACCGACCCACUGCAGGCGGAUGGGGGGGUGACGGUGUCCGCUGCCGCGACGGACGGUGGGGCUGGCGCCGACGAGCAGGUGGCUGACGGGGAGGGGCCGGACGAUCUGGACUUUGAGCACUGCCUGGGGCUGGAGCUAACCCAGGAUGAGUUGGACUGCCCUGGGGAGCCCGGCCAGGCGAGCAGCCAGGCCUCGCCAGGUCCAAGCAGCGACGAAUCCCGCGCCGCGCCGCAAAUGUACACAGCCUC